AUGUCCGACAACGAGCAACCCGCUCCCGCUCUCGAGGCUGAUGCCGCUCCAGACCAAGCUGCAAACCCCGCUGGAAACGUUGGUCCACCAGACGCUCCGGCCCAAGACGGCCCUGCCGCAAGGACCAUCGCGCCAGUCAACUUCAAACUGCCGCCGUUCUGGCCAGGUGACCCGCAGUUAUGGUUUGCGCAGGCUGAAGCUCACUUCUCCAACCACCGGAUUAACACCUCCCGAGCACGGUACAAUGUGAUCGUGUCAUCGCUAGCUCCGGAGUUUGCAACAGAGAUCCGUGACCUGUUGAUCGCUCCACCGCAAGACGAACCCUACGCCAAGCUGAGGGCUGCACUCACAACACGGACGCAAAAGUCGGAGCAAAUCCGUCUUCGAGAGCUGUUGUCAACCGCCGACGUCGGAGACAGCAAACCCAGCAAGGUCCUACGCAGAAUGCAGCAGCUACUGGGAGGAAAAUCGCUUGACCCUUCUAUCUUGCGGGAACUCUUCGUGCAACGUCUACCCCCAGCUGUCCGUCAGAUUCUAGCAGCUACACCUACGACUCUGUCUCUGGAGGAGUUAGCGGCCCUCGCUGACAAAGUGGCCGAGUCUACAGUCCCAUCAGCGAACACUCAAGUACACGCAGUUUCGGAAAAGGCCACUUCAAAAACUGCUGCAGUCGGCUCAACUGCCUCAAGUGCUACCACUUGUUUCAGCCCCAGCUCUGACUCGACGACUCAGCUGUCGCUACUCCGUUCGGACUUGGACAAGCUGUGUCUGACUGUACAAGCGCUAACCCAGGUGCGCUCCCGUGGACGUGACGAUUGCCCCAUCAAAACGGCGGGAUUUCCAACACGGGAUCGGCGCACUGGACGCAGCGCUUCCCGCUCUCCCAGCCGCGCCGUACGCAUUGAGGACACCGAUAGCGACGACGUCUGCUGGUUCCACGCCAAGUUUGGUGACAAAGCUCGACGUUGCCGAUCUCCAUGCCGUCUGUCGGGAAACGGGACCGCCAGCCGCUAA